CCACCAGGCUAGAGAGGCAGCACUGGACUGCAGGGCGGAGACAUCUCUGUUUCCCAGAGUGUCAGCCUCGGUCAGCCACGCGGCCUGCUGGGACUUGUAGUCCGCACAGCUCUUCCCCAGCGGCUGACGGCGAGGAGGCGGACUACAGCUUCCGUCAGGCCAAGCGGCGCCAGCGGGGUCCUGCACUCCCACGGCUUGGCGGCAGGUUCGAGUUCUGAUAGCCUGGAGUCGGACUGUGCAGAGUCGGUUGCAAGGCGGCGUCAGGAUCUUCCAUCUAGGGGCCAUACUGUCCAGUGAAGAGGAGGCUGUGCUGCUAGAUUUCCAACAGAGUCUCUAGCUACUGCUGUGAUUGAUCUUCCAUUUUCUGGCCUGAAAGACAUUCAGGGAGUGAGGAAGAGAUGGCAGUUUCUUGGGGCUCAGUGACCUAUGAAGAUGUAACUGUGAUAUUCACUCAAGAGGAGUGGGCACUAUUGAAUCCUUCAGAGAAGAAACUCUACAGAGAUGUGAUGUGUGAAAACUUCAGAAACUUUCUUUCAAUAGAAAAGAUACAAGAAAAUUCCACCAAAGAGCAGCAUAACUUGCCUGGGAGUAAACAACGGAAUACAACUGUGAAAAUCUCUGAGGGCAAAGAAAGUCAGAAUGGUAGAAAAUCUAAAGAAUAUGAAGUAUACAACAAAUUAUUCACUCAUUCUAAUCAUCUUGACCAACAUGAAAGAACUCACAGUGGACAGAAACCCUAUGAAUGUAAACUAUGUAGGAAAACAUUCAGUCAUUCCAGUAGUCUUAGGAGACAUGAAAGAAUUCACAGUGGAAAGAAACUCUAUGAAUGUAAACUAUGUAGUAAAACAUUUGGUCAUUCCAGUAAUCUUAGGACACAUGAAAGAAUUCACAGUGGAGAGAAACCCUAUGAAUGUAAUCUAUGUGGUAUAACGUUCAGGCAAUCUGGUACUCUUCAGCUACAUAAAAGAAUUCACAGUGGAGAGAAACCCUAUGUAUGUAAAGUAUGUAGUAAAACAUUCAGUCGUUCCAGUAGUCUUAGGAGACAUGAAAGAACUCACCGUGGUGAGAAACCCUAUAAAUGUAAACAGUGUAGUAAAACAUUCAGUCGUUCCAGUCAUCUUCAGACACAUAAAAGAAUUCACAGUGGAGAGAAACCCUAUGAAUGUAAACUAUGUAGUAAAACAUUCAGUCAUUCCAGUAGUCUUCAGAGGCAUGAACGAAUUCACAGUGGAGAAAAACCCUAUGUAUGUAAACUAUGUAGUAAAACAUUCCGAGAUUCCAAUAGCAAGAUGAGAAAACUUCAGAAACUCUUCAUCUUCAUCCUAAGGCCAUCUUCAUUCAUGAGUCCUGAGUAUCUGGGGGAGCCACUAGGAGGAGCUCUUCUCCCUGUUGAUGGCUCAGUUUCACAAGCUGCACAGCCAAAAGCAUCCACAAAAAUCGAGUAA